UCUGUAUUACUCCAAAGCUACAUUUUCUGCUGAAGUUGCAAUUUCGUAUCUCAUAGUUUAACCCUUUUUCUCGAAAACAGAAGGGGAAAUAAUCUGAUUAAAAUCAAAGCUCCGUUUCACCUUUUUUUUUCUUUUUUUGUUUCUUUGCGAUGUAAAACCCAGGAAUUGGAAAGAACUGUUUUGCAGCUCGGAUAUUUUGUUCUUUAUGCUAAAUGAUGAUGUAAUGGCUGGAAAAGCAGUAAAAUCGGUUGCAAAAGCAGUGGGAGAGUACCAGUAUCCAUGGCGAGAGAAGUUGGCAAACUACAAGGAUGAGCUGUCAAAGGGGGUCUGGGGUUAUUGGGAGCUUGGGGCAUGGAAACCUCUUAGCAUCAGUGCACGGCAUCGAGCUCGCCUCCGCAAAGAAGUCCUCCUUGCUGGAGCAGACUGGCCAUAUGAUCCAGAAAGAAAGGAAAUGAGGACCAAGAGGAAAGGGCAUAAGGUCGACAGAUUAGCUGCAGAAAAGCGAGAACGUACUGCUGAACUAAUGGAAGAUAUGCCUCAGAUGUUGGCAGAUUAUAGGAAGAGAAGGUGGGAGAGAAAGAUGAAAGCAGAAGAUGAUGCUGCCAAAAAAGCGCUGCAAGAGUAGUUUGUACUUAUACUCAGGCGAUGACAUAUUAAUCGUUAAUGGAGCCUUCGACCUGUUGAGGUCUUCCAUCUCUUUCUUAAUUUUAGAGCUUAGGCAGUACCUUCUAUCACAGAUGCUAAUGAUUAAUGGCUUAUAAGACAUAUGAUCAAUAAUAAUGUAUUAAUGGUACUCGGAAAUGCUGAAGAAAUCUGUGGAUGGGCUGUCUA